AUGGCACCGUCAUUCGUGGUGAAGGGAAAUGCCCUUGCGGCAUCGGAGAGCUCACGCGAGCGACAACGUGCCUAUGAGCCCGUGCGGAGAGAGGCUGAGAGUGGAGCCACCACGGGCACCAGCGACCUUGUCGGGAGCCUAGGCUACGUCUGCGCCCAGAGGAGCUACGCUGCCCAAGAACACCGUGCUUGUGUUGCCAUCGGUGCGUUACAGACAUCGGUACUUACUGAACAGGUGGAGACGCUCGUAUGCGAUGCCAGGCUGUUCCCCUCCAACUCAUACCCGUUCCCCUCCGAGGAGCUCGCCAACGGCACGGAUGGGGAGCCCGGACCGGCCAUGGCUCAGAACCGUGUCCCGUUAGGCGGGGACUUGGAUGUAGCGCUCGAGGAGGCAACGCCAUCGGCGCAGAGGGACGGCGUGCCCGAGCCCACGCUUGCCCCCAGUGCCGGCUCAAAGCAGCCCUUCCCUCCCAAGAAGAAGCCGCCGUCAGCAGAGCAAGGAAACACAGUGAGGAAGCACCUGAGGCCCAAAACGACCCCGCCGGGCAUUCAGAAAGUUGCUUCUCCACCCACCCUCCCAGGCCUGGGGACCUUCACCUCUACCGAAGAGCCACGUGCCCUGGGGGAGGUGGUUACCGUGGCCUCUGGGGCCAAGCAGGACACACCUGAGCCGCCCCCGUGGGAUGCAAGACAGGCAGGCGGUGGCACCACCAGUCCGUCCCCGCUGCAGAUUUCUCCUUUCACCCCACAGCCCUCGGUGCCUCAGACCGGUCCUCCGAGCCCCGAGGCAGGAGCGCCGGCUGCGGCUGGCAGUCACGGUGCUCCCUUCGACGCUGCCGCCACCCAGACCAACAGCGUGGAGAGCGAGGCCAAUGGGUCCGCCGCCGAGGAAAGUCAGGAGACCACCACGUCCACCAUCGUCACCACCACGGUCAUCACCACCGAGCCCACGCCAGUUCUCUGCAGCGUGAGCUUUUACGCCCCGGAGGGGUACAUCGACUCCGGCGACUACCCCCCGCUGCCGCAGCACAGCUACCUGGAGUGCACCUACAACGUGACCGUCUACACGGGCUAUGGUGUCGAGCUCCAGGUGAAGAGCGUGAACCUGUCUGAGGGUGAGGUGCUCUCCAUCCGCGGCGUGGACGAUGACACCUUGGUGGUCCUGGCUAACCAGACGCUGCUGGUGGAGGGCCAGGUGAUCCGCAGCCCCACCAACACCAUCUCCGUCUACUUCCGCACCUUCCAGGACGACGUGAUCGGGACCUUCCAGCUCCACUACCAGGUGUUCAUGCUGAGCUGCAACUUCCCACGGAGACCUGACUUCGGGGACGUCACGGUCAUGGACUUGCACUCGGGCGGCGUCACUCACUUCCACUGUCACCUGGGGUACGAGCUGCAGGGUCCCCGCGUGCUCACCUGCAUCAAUGCCUCCCGACCCCACUGGAACAGCCCGGAGCCCAUCUGCUCAGCACCCUGCGGGGGCACGGUGCACAACGCCACCAUCGGCCGCGUCCUGUCGCCCAGCUACACGGGGAACCACAGCACCGGCAUGUACUGCGUGUGGACCAUCGCCGCGCCUCCCGGCCAGAAGCUGCACCUGCACUUCGAGAAGCUGCUGCUGAGCGACAAGGACAGGAUGGUGGUGUACAGCGGGGACACGAACCAGUCGGCCGUGCUCUACGACUCGCUGCAGACCGAAAGCGUCCCCUUCGAGGGCGUGAUCAGCGAGGGCGCCGUCAUCCGCAUCGACUUCCUCGGGGGCGAGCCGGCCGGCGUCACCGCCUUCAACAUUCGCUUUGAAGCGUUUGAGCGGGGCCAUUGCUACGAGCCCUACAUCCAGAACGGGAACUUCACCACCUCAGACCCCACCUACAACCUGGGCACCACCGUGGAGUUCACCUGCGACCCCGGCCACUCGCUGGAGCAGGGGCCGGCCGUCAUCGAGUGCGUCAACGUCCGCGACCCGUACUGGAACGACACCGAGCCGGUGUGCCGAGCCACGUGCGGCGGGGAGCUCACGGCCGUAGCAGGUGUCAUCCUAUCCCCCAACUGGCCGGAGCCCUACGUGGAGGGGGAGGACUGUGUCUGGAGGGUCCGUGUCGGGGAGGAGAAGCGGCUCUUCCUGGACAUCCAGCUCCUGAACCUGAGCAACAGCGACAUCCUGACCAUCUACGACGGGGACGAGCUGACGGCGCGCGUCCUGGGGCAGUACGUGGGCAGCAGUGGCCCCCAGAAACUCUACUCCUCCACCCCCGACCUGACCAUCCAGUUCCACUCUGACCCCGCCGGCCUUGUCUUCGGCAAGGGGCAGGGCUUUGUCAUGAACUACGUAGAGGUGUCGAGGAACGACUCGUGCUCCGACCUGCCGGAGAUCCAGAACGGCUGGAAGACCACGUCGCACACGGAGCUGGUGCGAGGAGCCAAAAUCACCUACCAGUGCGACCCAGGCUACGACAUCGUGGGCAGCGACACGCUCACCUGCCAGUGGGAUCUCAGCUGGAGCAGCGACCCCCCCUUCUGCGAGAAGAUCAUGUACUGCACAGACCCCGGGGAGGUGGAGCACUCGACCCGGCUCAUCUCGGACCCCGUGCUGCUGGUGGGCACCACCAUCCAGUACACGUGCGACCCGGGCUUCGUGCUGGAAGGCAGCUCCCUGCUGACCUGCUACAGCCGCGAGACGGGCACACCUAUCUGGACGUCAAGGCUGCCCCACUGCGUGUCUGAGGAGUCCCUGGCCUGUGACAACCCAGGCUUACCGGAAAACGGCUACCAAAUCCUGUACAAGCGCCUGUACUUGCCAGGAGAGUCGCUGACCUUCAUGUGCUACGAAGGCUUCGAGCUCAUGGGAGAGGUGACCAUCAAGUGCAUCCUGGGCCAGCCGUCCCACUGGAGCGGGCCGCUCCCCAUCUGCAAAGUGAAUCGAGACACCUUCGAGCACGCACUGGAAGUAGCAGAAGCUGCGGCAGAGACGUCGCUCGAGGGCGGAAACAUGGCACUGGCCAUCUUCAUCCCGGUGCUCAUCAUCUCCUUGCUGCUGGGAGGAGCGUACAUCUAUAUCACCAGGUGUCGGUACUACUCCAGCUUGCGCCUGCCCCUCAUGUACUCCCACCCGUACAGCCAGAUCACCGUCGAGACCGAGUUCGACAACCCGAUCUACGAGACAGGGGAAACAAGAGAAUAUGAAGUGUCAAUAUAAGGACAGAAAGUCUCGAGACACGAACUUGACUGACGCUGAUAGACCUUCCUCAGUAACUAAUCCAGAGACUACGUGGAGUUUCAUCGGACCCCUGGACCUACUGUUGUCUUUCCUUUUUGCCUCUUUAUUGAAGGUUUUACUGUUUUCUUCACUGUAUUUAUUCUAUUUAAAUGGAGAUAGGUGUGUUCACAGUGUUCCUGCCAGGUGCGGCUCCCCGCCCUGGGCUUAGCUCCACUCUGACAGCGGUGCAGAGGUCUCAUGAGGUCGGGGAGGCGCAGGGAGCCAGCAAUGCAGCCUCCACCUCUGCCCCGGGAUUGUGUCGUGAAAAGGAGCCUGCGAGAAAUUGCCGGGAGCCGUCUCAGCUCCCUCGCCUAAGCCACUGGUAUGCCUGGCCGAGCGUCUCCAUCCUGCCCGGUUCUCCGAGCACUCGGUCGGGGUCCGGGGUUGCACGCGCACACGUGCGUCGGAGCAGCGGUCAGCGAAGGUGGCGUCUGCUUUCCAACAAGCUGGUGCCCGUCUCAGGAAAGCCGCCGGCGAGGUCCAGAGGUCCUGCUCUCAGGUGCGUGGGGAGGAUGGGGAGACAGCGACCGAAGCUACCCAGCGCUCCCGCUUGGUUUUUAGUCUUGGAGAGGCACGUAAGAGACCUUGUCAGUACUACAGAGAAGCAUUAACUGGUGCAGCCAGCAUCCCCCCGGCCCACGUCUCGGUGCCCUUGGCGGCACUGUCUGGGGAGAUGGGUAGGAUCUUCCAGGACAGUGUCCCUGCUAUGCCGAGAGUGAAACAGCCUGCAUGUCUCUGCUUCCCCCCUUAUUUUUUCUGUGAUAACGUGUAUUGUGGCCAUUGCGAGGAGAAUCCGAGUCUCCCUCAAAGUCCAAGCUCGCCCUUUGCCCAGGUCUAGUAUCUCAGGGUCGUAGUGCUGGAAUAUGGGAUCCAACGAAAUAACAGCCCCCAUCUUCUGGACUAGCCGCUGCGGGAAUAGUAGAAGGGGCCGCUGAUGAGCACGGAAAGAGACCUUCCUCCAAAAGCAGAUGAGGAGAUAGGUGGGGGGCGCGUGUGCUUCGAUCCCGGCUGCGUGGCAGCCCUGAUGUGCCCCGUUCCUGCCUUACCCCCGCGGGGCAGGAAAACUGCCCAAGAAGCACCGUCUGGCCAUGCACGACGGAGGGGAAGCCACCUCGAGAUGCACACCAUGUGCAAGCCUGGGGGAGGGCGCAGGGGGGGACCGCAAAGCGUGUCUGGGGAAGACGGCCAGCUAGCCGGCAUCCCCGGAGCAUGGCACGGGGGGAGCAAAGCAAAACGCAGCCCUCGUCCUGGUCUAACCCUGCGUGCCGCGCCGCAUCCAGCAUCCUUUGGUUCUGGAAGGUAACGUGUUCGCGUCGAACAGCAACCCAACAGCCGAGCCGCUGCCCUUGCACGGCAAACAGAGCCCCCCAGACGGUGCCAUCCCAAUCUCCCCCUUCGCCACGUCGGCUUCGGGACAGUGCCUCGCAGCGAGGCCUGGACGGGCCCCGAAGUGCGGGUGCUUCCCUGGCUGCUGGCGUCUUUCUUCCGUCUUUGUAGAUUGGCAAGUGUAACCAUGACCACAUUUUCCAGCCCCUUUUAGUUUAGAGAAGGUUAGUGCAUCUCUGCAGUUGUACAGUUGAGACAUUUAGGCUUUUUUUUCCUUUAAAAAAAAAAAAGAAAAAAAAAAGAGAAAAAGAAACGAAUGUGUAUUUGUAAUUUGUAAAGGUUUAAGACACAAGAGAAACAAACAAAACAUGUGCCAAAAAAAUGUA